UGGAAUUGCAAUUUCGUAACUUGGAACUCAAUCCAAAGAGACAAGGUUUGAAUCGAUAAAUUACUUUAAUAGCUGUUUAUCAGAAUAUAUUACGUCGCUUGCUUAUCUGUUUCCUCGAUACACCUCUUUCAAUAUGAAAUAUUUCUUCCAGAAAGGAGCUAACGGUAAUUAGCAGUUCCAACCACUUCAACAUUAACUUUCGUCGUGACUUUUGAACUGUAUAUCAAUUUUUACAAUCUUUCUUUUAACUCAAAAUCAUAAUGCUUCAAUAUUUCGCUGGAAAUAUUCAUUGUUGAGACGUACUUGGUCGGAAAAUAUCAGACUCUUUAUUUUCUAAUUCCUUCUAUAAGUCUUCGCUUAGAAGAUUCUUGAUGAGAUGAACUUGAUAUACAAGAGGUGGAGGUUCAGGAGGUUCUUUGUUUUCUAAUUUCCUUAUUACAUCAGCCUUCCUUAUAUAUCCUGAGAAUGACGAUCUAUACUCUUCAAGGCGUGUUUAGUUUCUUCAAUUUGCCAGCUCAAGUUAGUAUACGUUCGAUUUACUACUCUUGUUAGAAUUUUCUAGAGGUUGAUUACCCUUUAUAACUUUAAAUGACUGUAUUGUCCCCAAUUAUAGUGUUAUUGUUAUAUAAUCUCUCUAAAAUAUUGUGCUGUGUUAUUCUUAAUUAAACAUGUUCUAAAGUAUCGGAUAGUUGGUACACUCUGUAGAUAUUCGUUCAUUUUUGUAACUAAGUUGUUUGACGUGGUUUUGAGCGAAGCAAAAGCAAUAAUUAACUGCUCUAAUUAUUCGUACAGAGUUUAAAUUGUGAUUAUAAAUUUUAUGUUUUCAAAAUUAAAUAAUUGCACUUCUAAUAAAUGUUUAUAAUAUUUAAAUAAAUCGUUCGAGCUGUGUUUUAAUAACUAAUUUGGGCAAACAAUGAAGUGACACUUUUUUUUCGAGUAACUUUCUUUGGUAAAACCAAUAUAAGUAUUAUGAUAAUACAAUAUAGUAAAUAUGAUGAUUCUAUCGUCUUCCUUGAAAGGUGAAUGAUUCAAAACAACCGUAAUUAACAAUUAGUUGAUAUUCUACACCAUAUCGUGACCUUUGUAAUUCUAAACAAACUAUAGUAUUUCCCAUGUUUUUUAUUUAUUAAUUGUUAAUAUAAAUUCCGUCAUUCCCAAAUUAUUUUCAUUAUAGAUAUGAUAUAUAAAAGUAGAACUAAGAAUUUAAGGUGCCAUUUUUGGCGAUGUUUUACUGCCGUCUAGUAACCCUACUAGGGUUACUGAUAGUGACAAGUAGUUAUGUGUCUUCAGCACCAGCAAACUGUAACUGUAAAAACAUCGUAGUCACCCCAUCCGAACAAUCGUGCUUAUUAGGACAUCUUAUACAAAUUCUAACUCAUUUAGUGAAUAACCAACAAAAUCCAAUUUGUGCAAAAGAUUUUAUCAAACAAUUGGAAGAAAUAUGCCAUCAACCUAAAAAUUCUACUUGUACAGAUGCUUCCAAUACAACAGAAGUAAUUUCAACCACUAUCAAAGCAAUAGAAGAAACAACAAGUGGAAAAGUAAACAAUGAAACAACAGAAGCCAUAAACCUCACAUCAAGUGAAACUCCUAAACUAUGGACAACAUCAGAGGAAAAAUUCAGUAAAACAACACAAUCUACAGAAGAAGUAACUACUACUGAAUCUAUACAGUACGAUACAACCAGUCAAGAGUCAAUCGAAGAACCUACAACAAGUGAAGAAGUACGCUCUAUAACAGAUUUUUUUGGAUAUCCAAAAGUAACAGAAACUGCCGGAUGGAUGAACGACGAAGCAGCCAGUUUUGAUACUUCUGAUGACGCAACAAGUGAAAGUAUUAGCAGUACAUCUACUAUUUCUUCUGAAAUACCUACAUCAGCCGAUGAAGUAUCAAGCGAAACAACAGAAGAUAUGUCCUCUACUGAAUCGAUGAGCUACGAAACAACAAGUUAUGAUACCGCAGAAAUAUCAACCAGUGAUAAUGAGAGUUAUACAUCGACGCCAUCACUUGAAAUAUCAACAAAAACUGACGAAGAUAUCUCCACUACUGAAUGUUCCGUAAUAACCGAAAAAGAAACGGAAAAAGCUGCUGAAAAAUUAUCAACUACUGAAUCUAUGAGUUACGAAAAAACCACAAAUAGUAGGAUAUAUGAUACUUCCGAAGAUUCGACUACUGAUGAAUCUGUAGACUACGACACCACUAAUUGUGAUACUACAGAAACUACAGAAGAAAUGACUACAACUGAAUCCAUGAGCUACGAAACCACCGAUAGUGAAACAUCCGAAGCCAAAAAUCCAAUUACUGCUGAAGCCAUGAAAUACGAAACAACUGAUUAUUACAACAAAGAUGUUUCAGAAGAGAUGGCCACAACUGAACCCGUAGGCCACGAAACCACCAACAUUGCAACAUCUGAAGCUUCCAAAGAUUCGACUACUGAUGAAUCGGUAGCCUACGAAACAACUAGUUGUUAUAGUACAGAAAGUACAGAAGAAAGUGCCACAACUGAAUCUGUAGGAUUUGAAACAACUACAUCUGAAAGUUCCGAAGAUUCGACCACUGAUGAAUCAGUACGUUACGAAACAACUAGUUGUGAUACUACAGAAGAAAUGGCUACAACUGAAUCCAUGAAUUCCGAAACCAGCAGCGAUGGAUCAUAUGAAAAGUCUGAAGAUUCGACUACAGAUGAAUCCGUAGCCUACGAAACAACUAGUUGUUUUACUACAGAAAGUACAGAAGAAAGUGCCACAACCGAAUCUGUAGAAUAUGAAUCAACUACAUCUGAAAGUUCCGAGGAUUCGACCACUGAUGAAUCAGUGCGUUAUGAAACAACCGUUUGUGAUACUACAGAAGAAAUGUCUACAACUGAAUCUAUGAAUUACGAAACCAGCAGUGAUGGAUCGUAUAAAGACUCCGAAGAUUCGACUACUGAUGAAUCGGUAGCCUACGAAACAACUAGUUGUUAUACUACAGAAAGUACAGAAGAAAGUACCACAACUGAAUCUGUAGAAUAUGAAUCAACUACAUCUGAAAGUUCCGAGGAUUCGACCACUGAUGAAUCAGUGCGUUAUGAAACAACCAGUUGUGAUACUACAGAAGAAAUGUCUACAACUGAAUCCAUGAAUUACGAAACCAGCAGUGAUGGAUCGUAUGAAGACUCCGAGGAUUCGACUACUGAUGAAUCCGUAGCCUACGAAACAACUAGUUGUUAUACUACAGAAAGUACAGAAGAAAGUGCCACAACCGAAUCUAUAGAAUAUGAAUCAACUACAUCUGAAAGUUCCGAGGAUUCGACCACUGAUGAAUCAGUGCGUUAUGAAACAACCAGUUGUGAUACUACAGAAGAAAUGUCUACAACUGAAUCCAUGAAUUACGAAACCAGCAGUGAUGGAUCGUAUAAAGACUCCGAAGAUUCGACUACUGAUGAAUCGGUAGCCUACGAAACAACUAGUUGUUAUACUACAGAAAGUACAGAAGAAAGUACCACAACUGAAUCUGUAGAAUAUGAAUCAACUACAUCUGAAAGUUCCGAGGAUUCGACCACUGAUGAAUCAGUGCGUUAUGAAACAACCAGUUGUGAUACUACAGAAGAAAUGUCUACAACUGAAUCCAUGAAUUACGAAACCAGCAGUGAUGGAUCGUAUGAAGACUCCGAGGAUUCGACUACUGAUGAAUCCGUAGCCUACGAAACAACUAGUUGUUAUACUACAGAAAGUACAGAAGAAAGUGCCAAAACCGAAUCUGUAGAAUAUGAAUCAACUACAUCUGAAAGUUCCGAGGACUCGACCACUGAUGAAUCAGUGCGUUAUGAAACAACCGUUUGUGAUACUACAGAAGAAAUGUCUACAACUGAAUCUAUGAAUUACGAAACCAGCAGUGAUGGAUCGUAUAAAGACUCCGAAGAUUCGACUACUGAUGAAUCGGUAGCCUACGAAACAACAAGUUCUUAUACUACAGAAAGUACAGAAGAAAGUGCAACAACUGAAUCUGUAGGAUUUGAAACAACUACAUCUGAAAGUUCCGAAGAUUCAACCACUGAUGAAUCAGUACGUUACGAAACAACCGUUUGUGAUACUACAGAAGAAAUGGCUACAACUGAAUCCAUAAAUUACGAAACCAGCAGUGAUGGAUCAUAUGAAGAUUCCGAGGAUUCGACUACUAAUGAAUCGGUAGCCUACGAAACAACUAGUUGUUAUACUACUGAAAGUACAGAAGAAAGUGCCACAACUGAAUCUGUAGGAUAUGAAUCAACUACAUCGGAAAGUUCCGAAGAUUCGACCACUAAUGAAUCAGUACUUUACGAAACAACUAGUUGUGAUAUUACAGAAGAAAUGGCUACAACUGAAUCCAUGAAUUCCGAAACCAGCAGUGAUGGAUCAUAUGAAAAAUCUGAAGAUUCGACUACAAAUGAAUCCGUAGCCUACGAAACAACUAGUUGUUAUACUACUGAAAGUACAGAAGAAACUGAAUCUGUAGGAUUUGAAACAACUACAUCUGAAGAUUCUACUACUGAUGAAUCUAUGAGACAUGAAACAACUUGUUAUACUACAGAAACUACAGAAGAAAUGGCCACAACUGAAUCCAUGAGUUGGGAAACCACUAAUGGAUCAUAUGAAGAAUUCGAUAAUUCUACUACUGAUGAAUCCGUAGCCUAUGAAACAACUAGCUGUUAUACUACAGAAAGUACAUCUGAAACUUCCGAAGAUUCUACCACUGAUGAAUCUGUAGCCUAUGAAACAACUAGCUGUUAUACUACAGAAAGUACAUCUGAAACUUCCGAAGAUUCUACCACUGAUGAAUCUGUAGCCUAUGAAACAACAAGUUGCGGUACGACAGAAGAAGUAGCCACAAAUGAAUCUAUGAGUUACGAAACCACUACUGAUGGAAUACCUGAAUCUGCCGAAGAUUCAUAUACUGAUGAAUCUAUGAAAUACGAUACAACUUGUUGUGAUACUACAGAAGAAUUGGCCACAACUGAAUCCGUCAGCUACGAAACCACCAAUAUUGGAACAUCUGAAUCUGCCGAAGAUUCGACAACUGAUGAAUCUGUAAAAUACGAAACAACUAAUAGUGAAGCAACUGAUACAACUGAUGAACUAACUACUUGUGAUUCCGUAAGCUUCGAAAUAACCAGUUGUGAUACCAUGGAAACUACAGACGAAUCGACCACUAACGAAUUCAUAAACUAUGAAACAACAACAAGUUGUGAUACCACAGCUGAAACAACACGAGAAGAUGUAAGUUAUAUAUCAACUGAAACUCCUGAAAUAUCAACAACUGAAGAAAUAUAUUGUGAAACAACUGAAGCUUCUGAGGAAGCAGAAACAAUUGGGGGCAAUACAACUGAAGAAACAUCAACGAAGAGUACCGAAGAACUAACAACUGAAGAAGAUACACUCAGCGAAACAACCAGCAAUGAAACAAGCGAAGAAUUAACAACGAGUGAAGACGUACGCCACUUCACAACUGAACCUUUUGAAGAAUCUACGGUUUCUACAAUGCCUGAAGAAAAUUACAGUGAACAAUCAAAAUCAACAAAAGAGCCGACAACAACUGAAAAUUCUACAACAACCAACGAAACCAAACCGUGCGAAAUAAUUACUUGUGUUCAACCAAUAAAAAUGUGCCAAGGAGACGACUCAACUAAAUCAUCAAACAAUGCCCCUAGUUUAUACUUUAUUCCUGUAUUGAAAUUUGAUGGAGUCCCGUGUUUAUCUACUUCAGAACUAAAGGAUUAUAUAACCAAAAUGUUCUCGUGUCAACCGCUUCAAAUUAGUAAUUGUUAAUAUCAACAAACAAACCUCAGAAAUGGAAAAGUUAUGAAUGAAACCUUGAUGAUGUCAUAUUUUGUAUUCGUAUAUUUACGAAUAAUUUUUUUUAAUAGUAUUUUCAAAAAGUAUUUAUUAUAUAAAUUGAAACCAAAGUACAUUGUUUUUGGCUGAGUAUUUUGUUAUAACUUAUAUUGAAAUGUUUUAAAAAAUUAUAAUUUCUUUGUUAUUUAAAUUAUUUUCUUUUGUAUAAAUUUUGUAUAAUUUAGCUUAUUCCUGGUUUGCCGAUGUUACAUACAGUGAGGUUAGAAAUUCUACAAAAUCAAUUGUUAUAUUUAUUUUGUAACAAUAACUAUUUAAAGAUUUAAUUUCUUGAAAAUAAAUCUUAUUUAAAACAA